AUGAAGAAUGGUGUAGCAGCCCAUCUGCCUGAAGGACCACAAACAAACACCGAUAAGGAAGGUUGUUGGGGCGGGGGAAGGGGAGGGGGGGGGAGGGUGAGGGGGUGGGGGGGAGGACGAGGGGGAGCGGGCGGGGGAGAAGGAGGGGGCGGGGAAGGGGAGGGGGAGGGGGAAGGGGAUGGGGACGGGGCGGGGGAAGGUGAGGGGGACGGGGCGGGGGUAGGUGAGGGGGACGGGGCGGGGGUAGGUGAGGGGGACGGGGCGGGGCUAGGUGAGGGGGACGGGGCGGGGGUAGGUGAGGGGGACGGGGCGGGGGUAGGUGAGGGGGACGGGGCGGGGGUAGGUGAGGGGGACGGGGCGGUGGAAGGUGAGGGGGACGGGGCGGGGGAAGGUGAGGGGGACGGGGCGGGGGAAGGUGAGGGGGACGGGGCGGGGGAAGGUGAGGGGGACGGGGCGGGGGAAGGUGAGGGGGACGGGGCGGGGGAAGGGGAGAGGGACGGGGCGGGGGAAGGGGAGAGGGACGGGGCGGGGGAAGGGGAGAGGGACGGGGCGGGGGAAGGGGAGAGGGACGGGGCGGGGGAAGGGGAGAGGGACGGGGCGGGGGAAGGGGAGAGGGACGGGGCGGGGGAAGGGGAGAGGGACGGGGCGGGGGAAGGGGAGAGGGACGGGGCGGGGGAAGGGGAGGGGGCGGUGGAAGGGAGGGUGUGGGGGAAGGGGGGAGGGGGCGGGGGAAGGGCGGGGGAAGGGGGGGCGGGUGAGGGGGCGGGGUAA